AUGCAAAUUCCUGAGAAGAAAGUGCACAAGCGAAUGUGUGUUUCACCGUACUUGUGUUACGACCAGGUUGCGGCCCACUUAGCAGCAGCGCACAAAGUGCUCGUUGCAAGCAAUGUUUCAAAGCUAUUAGUGCACCUACCACUGCACAAACGAGGUGAUGCUGCUAUCACCAUACCUUAUGAAGCACUGGCUAGGAUGCGAGAUCCAAUAUAUGGUUGUGUUGCGUAUAUCUUUGCACUCCAACAACAGGUGUCUAUGGUGUUUCUCAAGGUUGCCAUCUUACAAGAGGAGAUGGAAAUUCUUGGGAACCAGAUGGCCAGUCUCACAGUCGGGAACUAG